AUGUCUGUCAACAAAAGACAAAGCAAAACAAAAAUGCAUCAUGUCAGUGGAAGAGGAUUAAGAGCAACCUCAACUCAAUUAACCAGAUUAGUUUCAGCAGAAGAUGCUGAAUCAGUACUAAUUCUGACAGAGGGAGAAUCAGUUAAGGCAUUUGCCUUAGCUGGUUUGGAGGUUGCCAACAAUAAGAAGUGGGGAGUUCACUCCCUACAAGGAAAGCUCUUGAACGUGAGGGAUGCAACAGUACAACAAGUUGCUCAAAAUGAGGAGGUCCAGGCCUCGAUUAAGGUCCUUGGAUUGGAACAAGCAGAAUGGGAUAAGUCUGUGAAUGCAUCAACUUCUACUGGGACAGCUGCAAGCAGCAGCAAAAGAAAAGCAAUAAAAAUGGUUGAUGAAGCUGGAUCAACCAAAAAAAAAAAAGAUGAAAAAUUUACCA